CAUCAUUGAAAUGGCAGAAAACCCAUAUCUUAAUUCACCUAGAAAGCUACUUCCCAUUGUAAAGUCAAGAAAAUUAAUUAAAGGAUGCAUAAAAGAAAAGUCUUCUGAUAGCAUUCGGAAAACCAGAAAUCAAAAGGAGAGAUGUAAUGAAUAUACUCCGAUUUUGACCAAGAAAAACAAAUAAAAUGCAUACUCAUGAUUCAAAUAAACUUCCUGCUCCAAAAAGACGUUCAAAAAGGAGGAAUAAACUAUCAUUCAGCUUUGAAAAGGCAUACAGAGAGGAUAGUACCUCAGUUGGAAGAUUGUGCAUCAUGAAAAAGAUAAACACCACUUGAGAGUCUUUAGUCAAUCCAAAUUUUAACAGUGAAAGUGAUCACCCAGCCUUGUCACCCCAGAAUGGCACUUUCAACACUCAGUACCUCAAAGAAGAAGAUGAGCUACCUGAGAUAGGCAUUAACCAUGAAAUACAGUUAUCUUACUUAAUGCCAAAGUACAAACUUGGGUCAGAAAAGCUGCAGGAAAAGCGAAGUAGGAUUAAUUCUCAUCAGGUGAUUCAAAACUGCUUGAAGACUAAUGCUACGGAUCCGUAUCUUGCCUCUAGAAAUACCUCUAUCAAGCCUCUAACCUAUCGAAGCGGAAGUAAUUCGAUCCAGCACAGGUGUCGAAAAAAUCCGUUUGGAAAGAUCAGCUCUAAAAUAAAAGCUUUGAAUAACCGAUUACUAAAAGGCCUCAGAGCCUCUGUUCAGGGUAAAAAUGUAGAAAAAUAGCCCUUUAAUGAGCAGAAAUGCUCUAAACAAGCAUAAUAUUAACAAAAUGGAAUUCACUGAGAUCCUCAAAAUGUGUUCUCUAUCUGCAAUCGACAAAAGAAAAUUUGCUAGAAAACCAAAAGCUGCCUGCAGAAAGUCUAGAAAAGUCAAGUUUGUUGUAUAAAACUCCU